GUGAUCUUGAGAUAGAAGAUUAUUAUAUAGCUACGAUGGUACGCGCGGUCUGAUUGGCUGAUUUAGCGGGCGAUAUUUUCCCAUCUCCCAGACCAGCGGGUUGUCUUUUUCCGUAUCCAGGCCGGUGAAUUCUGCCUUUUUUGGUGUUGUAUUGUUCGGUCGCGCGAAAACAAACAAACAGGUCUUAGAAGUUGAUAAUGGGCGACGACGAGAACUUUGAGUCGAUUUUUAUUAUCCUGACAAAAUUGUAAAAGAAAAUUUGACACAAAAAAACAAUACGACGAGCCGGCAAGCGCCACCGAUAACACUGGCAGUGUAAAUAUCUUAGGGUCAUGACUUUUUCAGCUUUGUGGUAACUCUAAAUAUAACUGGUGAGUCUUUGACAAAUAGGCAGUGAGCUACUGGAUUAAUUGAUAAUUAGUUAUGUUUUGAGCCUCCUUUUCAUGUAAGUUUGGUCAGGCGUAACUCCAGACGUUAUCCAGACCUAGUUCAGUUGGUCGUUAAUUAUUUUUUCCCGAUACAAUCAAAACUUUAAGUUGAUGAGGAGGAGUGAAGGCUGUUAAAGGAGGAUCAGGCAAGUUUGUAAGGUGUCUCGACUCCAUUUAUUCCGAAUAUCACUUUAAAUUGAUUCACUAAAAUAAACGAAAACAAAAUACGUGAAAACGAAAUUUAUUUCCGAUUCGCAAAAAGGCAAAGUGAAGCCAUUCAAGUGCAUUGCGCACCUAGAUUCUAUAAUCAGCUAGCUGAUCUCAGAUUGAGUGAGUGAUUCUCAAAACAAAGCGCAAGUUCUUAGCCAAUCAGAAUCGAGCGAUUACUUUGUAUAAUAAUGAAAUGACAACCCAUGCGGAUAAUAAUUUGAAACUUCAAUUUUCUCUCGGAACUAUAUUGAUAGUUUCAAGUGCACAAGACAAACGGCCAUUAUCCUAAAGAUUCUUACGAGUCACAUUCUGUUCAAUUACAGCGAGCCAAGCUGUGUUUACGCAGGACUGUAAAACAACAUUAAAAUCAUUUUGCUCAGGAAUAAGUUGCUUGGUUACAACAAUUGCAAGUUGGACAUUCAAGGAGAUUGACGAAGUGCUUUCUUAUUAAGAAAGGAUUUGAUAAGCAAAUACCAAUUUUGAAUGGUUUUACCUUAAUGCGAUAGAGAAGCAAGGCAAAUAUACCGUGCAGCUUCAACGGCCACAGGCGAUUACCGUUAGUUUUCAAGACGAGUCCAAACCUUUCGCAUGAUGGAUGGAUGUCUGAAUAAGAAUGACACAAUUUGCAAUUCUUUAAACGAUACCUCGGACUUGGACUAUGACGGGCUUACUAAAUGUGAAUGGGAGGACACGGCGAGGUACGCGCAAGUUGCGGCACUUGGUCUCAUAACCUUCGCCAUACUAGCGGGUAACACCUUCGUUAUCUACUUGGUCUUACGGAACAAGACAAUGCGUAAGACAGUGGACCUAUUCAUCGUCAACCUCGCCAUAUGUGAUGUCAUGCUCGCGGUGUUUAAUAUACCGCUAGAGCUAGAGUGGAAAAUCGCUGGAGACGACUGGAAAGUUACCGGAACGACUGGCAUGGUGUUAUGUAAGGUGACUAACUAUUUGGCAGUACUGCCACUCGUCGUCUGUGCCAUUACUUUAUUAUUCAUCUCCAUAGAGAGAUACCGCGCGCUCAGCAAACCCCUGAUAGCUGCUCCUAUUACCAGGACCACCCUAUCAAUGAUGAUAGCGAUAACAUGGGUACUAGGACUCGCCACCAACUGUUAUAUUCUGUACUUCUAUGACUUGCUUGAGACUGGCUUGUGUAGCUAUAAAUCCUCGUCCUACGUGGAAGUGUUUUUUGGUGUGGAUUCGGCGGUAACCCUGAUCAUAUUAGUUACAGUGAUAAUCAUCAACAUUCUACUUUACAGAAAGAUUCGUAGGUCAACUCAGGCAAUACACGUCACAGUUCAAUCCCAACAAGCCAGGAAUAAGCGUAUUAGAGGCGCAGUGAAAAUGGUAUUCUGCUCCUCAUGCACUUACUUGAUUUGCAUCAUUCCUUAUCACCUCUUUCAGUUUUCCGCAGCAAUGGACAUGCAAUUCUACCUUCAGAUUCUUAAAAACUGUUCCGACUUCAAAGCCCUUCGCAUCACGGUGUUUUUUCUACUGUAUUUUAAUUCCGCCAUAAAUCCAGUAUUCUACUUUACUUUCAUGGCCGAUUUUAGGAAUGCUUUAAAAGCUGCACUGCGCCCUGCUCGAGUAGCUACAACAACAGAAUCUAGAAAUAGUAUUGCAUUAGCACCCCGAACAGGUAAUGGUAAUGCUUCAAGGAUAUGAGGGAGACGAUCUUUCUCGUGGGCCCACACCUCCUUUUCCACUGUUGCCCCUGGGGUAUGCGAGGGUCACAAGUCAUAGUCACAAGGAUAGGCGAUCAUGUAGGGGUAAACAAGUCGUCACAAGGAAAGGCGAUCAUGUAAAGGUAAACAAGUCGUCACAAAGAUAGGCGAUCAUGUAGGGGUAAACAAGUCGUCACAAGGAUAGGCGAUUAUGGGUAAACAAGUCGUCGCUAGGAUAGGCGAUCAUGUGAGGAGUAAACGAGUCGUCGCAAGGAUAGGCGAUCAUGUAGGAGUAAACAAGUCGUCACAAGGAUAGGCGAUUAUGGGUAAACAAGUCGUCGCUAGGAUAGGCGAUCAUGUGAGGAGUAAACGAGUCGUCGCAAGGAUAGGCGAUCAUGUGAGGGGUAAACAAGUCACAAGGAUAGGCGAUCAUGUGAGGGGCAAACAAGUCGUCACAAAGAUAGGCAAUCGUAUAAGGGUAAACAAGUCGUCGCAAGGAUAGGCGAUCAUGUAGAGGUAAACAAGUCGUCGCAAGGAUAGGCGAUCGUAUAAGGGUAAACAAGUCGUCGCAAGGAUAGGCGAUCGUAUAAGGGUAAACAAGUCGUCGCAAGGAUAGGCGAUCAUGUAGAGGUAAACAAGUCGUCGCAAGGAUAGGCGAUCAUCUGAGGGGUAAACAAGUCGUCACAAGGAUAGGCGAUUAUGAGGUAAACAAUUCGUCGCAAGGAUAGGCGAUCAUGUAGAGGUAAACAAGUCGUCGCAAGGAUAGGCGAUCAUGUGAGGGGUAAACAAGUCGUCACAAGGAUAGGCGAUCAAGUGAGAGAGGUAUAAGCAAGUCGUCUGUCAGGUACCUCAGGCAAUGGUUUGUUUUGAAGCUUGUUCGUAGCUUGGAAUCGGCUGUUCUGAGGUGUUAAACGAGUGGAUGUAAUAAUUAGAUAGUUUAUUAGGAAAAAAUUGCGUAGCAGCCCAUAGGCUGAAUUAGGCAUUUACAAAACAAUAGAUACUAUAUUAAAUACUAUUAGAUACUAUAAUAAAUUUAACUAUAUACAAUAAUAAAUAUAAAAUAUAAAAAUUUAAAAACGUGAUAAAGUUCAUCCUAUAUAAAGUUAAUAAUGAUCCAUAAAAACCAUAUAUACUCUCCAUUUAAGAUUUGUUGGCCAUCGAGAAUGUAAAAGAAUUCAUGGCUUUGUUUGUUUUGAGGCGGGGCAAGGCAAAGGGCCGUUUUUUUUCUAAGGUUAUGGCUUGAAACGUUUGAUGGAGGCAGCAAGCUCUUUAGUUUAUGAUUCGGAUUAGAAACUAUUUCGUCGAAGAGCUUGCUGCAAAUUAGGCCGUGGUGCACUUCUAAUGGUGUUAUGCCCAACAAAUCACAAGCACCAUCGUAGCUCGUACGGGGCAAAAUUAUAGAUAGCGCCCUUUUCUCGAUACGUACGAGCUCAUUUUUUAGGUACUGCGGCAGGGCGUUAUAACAAACCGGCACCGCAUAGUCAACGGCCGAACGAAUGCAAGCUUUGUAAAAUAAAGAUAAGUCUGAGGGAGGUAGCCGAGCCCUUUUUAGUUGGAUUAAAAAGUUAGCUUUUUGCUCGA